AUGGAAUCCCCACAUGAGCACCAGCAAGGUAUCUUCCCCCGUUUCCGCUUCACAAUGUUGUGCUUCAAUUCACCAAGCUAAUGCUAAUGUCCCCAGGCCUUCUCCUUUCCCGCAUAAUCACGAAUGUUGUGCGUAUCCGGCGGGUGUCGCCUCACUGCCUCACUCGCUCACUGCUUCAACGAUCAUUAUCUAACACCGCGCAGGAAAAACUCAACGAAGCCGUGAUGACGCUGAAUAAAACGUUGCAUGUGAGUCCAUCCACGUAGCGCGGUGGGCAGGGUGAGAUGGGGAGAAAUGGGUGGCUGAUCGUGGUCCUGAAUAAGGAAAUAAAUGUGCAAAAUAUGAACACCGAGUUGGUCGCGCAGAUGUUUAAGAAUUACCAAUCGAAUGUUCUAUUCCAUCUUGAAGGUGUUUUUUUUUCUUUCUUUUUUCCCCUGUCCCCUUUCGGGAAUUGGAGGUUGUGCGUGGGGGGCUAAAUGGGGUUGUGAUUGCAGCUACGGAGAGUUUAAAGGAGCCGGUUUAGAUUGGGGCUGGACUUGCGAGAUGGAGGGAAAGGGGAGUUGGAAGUUAUCGGUCGAAAAUAAUUGAUGCUGUGAUCGC